AUGAAGGAGAUGAUGAGGAGUCUGAAGUUGAUGUUUCUGCUAAAAUUAAUCACCGCUGUCUGUCAAGCAUCUGUUGCACAAAAAGACAGUGUGAAUGUGAGGUUGGUUGGUGGUCACAGUCACUGUGCUGGUAGAGUGGAGGUUCAUCAUAGAGGUCAGUGGGGAACAGUGUGUGAUGUUGGUUGGGAUUUGGCUGAUGCUGCAGUGGUGUGUAGAGAACUGGACUGUGGAGAACCUGUAGAUGCUCUGAGUGAUGCUCAUUUUGGACAAGGAUCAGGACCAAUCUGGAUGAGUUUUGUUGUGUGCACUGGAUCAGAGUCCACACUGAAGAACUGUGGGUCAGCGGGUUGGGGUAAAAGCAGUUGUGAUCAUUCUAAAGAUGCUGGAGUCAUCUGCUCAGGUGUCAGGCUGGUUGGAGGUUCUCGCUGCUCUGGGAGGUUAGAGAUACUUCAUGAUCAGACGUGGAUGUCAGUGUGUGACGCUGCCUUUGACCAGCAGGAUGCAGAGGUUGUGUGUAGAGAGCUGGACUGUGGGGCUCCUGUACAGGUGCUGGGAGCAGCUGCUUUUGACAAAGGAGACACUCAGAUGUGGACACAAGAGAUUCAGUGUAGAGGAAAUGAAUCUCAGAUUCACCUCUGUCCAACAUCAUCCUCACACAAACACAACUGUUCACAUGAAAACAGUGUUGGACUGAUGUGUGCAGAUACGAAUGUGAGGUUGGUUGGUGGUCACAGUCGCUGUGCUGGUAGAGUGGAGGUUCAUCAUAGAGGUCAGUGGGGAACAGUGUGUGAUGAUGACUGGGAUUUGGCUGAUGCUGCAGUGGUGUGUAGAGAACUGGACUGUGGAGAACCUGUAGAUUCUCUGGGUGAUGCUCAUUUUGGACAAGGAUCAGGACCAAUCUGGAUGAGUUAUGUCUUAUGUACUGGAUCAGAGUCCACACUGAAGAACUGUGGCUCAACAGGAUGGAAUAAAAGCAAUUGUGAUCAUGAUGGUGAUGCUGGAGUCAUCUGCUCAGAAGUCAGGCUGGUUGGAGGUUCUCGCUGCUCUGGGAGGUUAGAGAUACUUCAUAAUCAGACGUGGAUGUCAGUGUGUGACGCUGCCUUUGACCAGCAGGAUGCAGAGGUUGUGUGUAGAGAGCUGGACUGUGGGGCUCCUGUACAGGUGCUGGGAGCAGCUGCUUUUGGCAAAGGAGACGCUCAGAUGUGGACACAAGAGAUUCAGUGCAGAGGAAAUGAAUCUCAGAUUCACCUCUGCCCAACAUCACCAUCACUCAAACACAACUGUUCUCAUAAAUACAGUGUUAAACUGGUGUGUGCAGACCAUGUGAAUGUGAGGUUGGUUGGUGGUCACAGUCGCUGUGCUGGUAGAGUGGAGGUUCAUCAUAGAGGUCAGUGGGGAACAGUGUGUGAUGAUUACUGGGAUAUGGCUGAUGCUGCAGUGGUGUGUAGAGAACUGGACUGUGGAGAACCUGUAGAUGCUCUGGGUGAUGCUCAUUUUGGACCAGGAUCAGGACCAAUCUGGAUGAGUUAUGUCAUGUGUACUGGAUCAGAGUCCACACUGAAGAACUGUGGCUCAACAGGAUGGAGUAAAAGCAACUGUGAUCAUAAUGACGAUGUUGGAGUCAUCUGCUCAGAAGUCAGGCUGGUUGGAGGUUCUCGCUGCUCUGGGAGGUUAGAGAUACUUCAUAAUCAGACGUGGAUGUCAGUGUGUGACGCUGCCUUUGACCAGCAGGAUGCAGAGGUUGUGUGUAGAGAGCUGGACUGUGGGGCUCCUGUACAGGUGCUGGGAGCAGCUGCUUUUGACAAAGGAGACGCUCAGAUGUGGACACAAGAGAUUCAGUGCAGAGGAAAUGAAUCUCAGAUUCACUUCUGUCCAACAUCACCAUCACUCAAACACAGCUGUUCUCAUAAAUACAGUGUUAAACUGGUGUGUGCAGGGAAUGUGAGGUUGGUUGGUGGUCACAGUCGCUGUGCUGGUAGAGUGGAGGUUCUUCAUAGAGGUCAGUGGGGAACAUGGGGAACAGUGUGUCAUGAUGACUGGGAUUUGGCUGAUGCUGCAGUGGUGUGUAGAGAACUGGACUGUGGAGAACCUGUAGAUGUUCUGGGUGAUGUUCAUUUCGGAAAAGGAUCAGGACCAAUCUGGAUGAGUUAUGACUUAUGCACUGGAUCAGAGUCCACAGUGAAGAACUGUGGCUCAACAGGAUGGGAUAAAAGCAAUUGUGAUCAUGAUGGUGAUGCUGGAGUCAUCUGCUCAGAAAUCAGGCUGGUUGGAGGUUCUCGCUGCUCUGGGAGGUUAGAGAUACUUCAUGAUCAGACGUGGAUGUCAGUGUGUGACGCUGCCUUUGACCAGCAGGAUGCAGAGGUUGUGUGUAGAGAGCUGGACUGUGGGGCUCCUGUACAGGUGCUGGGAGCAGCUGCUUUUGACAAAGGAGACACUCAGAUGUGGACACAAGAGAUUCAGUGCAGAGGAAAUGAAUCUCAGAUUCACCUCUGUCCAACAUCAUUCUCACACAAACACAACUGUUCACAUGAACACAGUGUUGGACUGAUGUGUGCAGACCGUGUGAAUGUGAGGUUGGUUGGUGGUCACAGUCGCUGUGCUGGUAGAGUGGAGGUUCAUCAUAGAGGUCAGUGGGGAACAGUGUGUGAUGAUUACUGGGAUAUGACUGAUGCUGCAGUGGUGUGUAGAGAACUGGACUGUGGAGAACCUGUAGAUGCUCUGGGUGCUGCUCACUUUGGACAAGGAUCAGGACCAAUCUGGAUGAGUUAUGUUGUGUGCAAUGGAUUAGAGUCCACACUGAAGAACUGUGGCUCAAGAGGAUGGAGUAAAAGCAACUGUGAUCAUGACUAUGAUACUGGAGUCAUCUGCUCAGAUAAAAUCAGGUUGGUUGGAGGUUCUCGCUGCUCUGGGAGAUUAGAGAUAGUUCAUAAUCAGACGUGGAUGUCAGUGUGUGAUGCUGCCUUUGACCAGCAGGAUGCAGAGGUUGUGUGUAGAGAGCUGGACUGUGGGGCUCCUGUACAGGUGCUGGGAGCAGCUGCUUUUGACAAAGGAGAUGCUCAGAUGUGGACACAAGAGAUUCAGUGUAGAGGAAAUGAAUCUCAGAUUAAUCUUUGUCUAACAUCACCAUCACAUAAAAACAACUGUUCACAGAACAGCAAUGUUAGACUAACGUGUGCUGAUGCAACGAAUGUGAGGUUGGUUGGUGGUCACAGUCCCUGUGCUGGUAGAGUGGAGGUUCAUCAUCGAGGUCAAUGGGGAACAGUGUGUGAUGAAGACUGGGAUUUGGCUGAUGCUGCAGUGGUGUGUAGAGAACUGGACUGUGGAGAACCUGUAGAUGCUCUGGGUGGUGCUCAUUUUGGACCAGGAUCAGGAACAAUCUGCAUGAGAGCUUUUUGUUCUGGACUGGAAUCUACAUUGAAGAACUGUGAAUCAGCAGGAUGGGGUUUACACACAUGUAGUCAUAAUGAUGAUGCUGGAGUCAUCUGCUCAG